GUUGUUAUGCUAUUCAAUAGACCGUGUGAAUAGAAUUUAUUUCACUUCCUUGUUUUGCAAGUCGAAGUAUUUUUUUGUUUUUUUUGCUUAUUUCUAUAAAAAAAAUUCUUUGUGAGGUUUACUUAACUUCAGCACUGACCAUGGUGGACAACUAUGUGCAAUAUGCAUUGCAUUCUGAAGUAAAACUAACCACAAACGUGCAAGAAUUAUUCAAGCCACUGGAUUCGUGGUUGGUGGCAUUUGUGGAGUUCUUGAAUCCAGAAUCAUUGAUUCACAAUGUAAUUCCAAUUAUUGGAUCAACUGACAUGCAGUUGAUGGGUCAGAUGACGUUUGCUUUGGGACUGUUGAAUGUCAUAUCAUCUGUCACUAAAUGGGUCUUUCCACAAUAUCGUCCAUUUUGGUGGAUACGAGAAAAUAACUUACGCUCAAUAAAAAUAAAUCAAAGCUCAAUUUCUUGUGAUACAGCGGCAGGAUUUCCAUCCGCUCAUUCAAUGUCAUUUACCGGAUUUGUGUUCGUAUUCCUACUCUAUCUAAAUCUAUCACCUCGUAACAGAUGGCUAGCGGUAACCCUUUUGUCCAUCCCAACUUGGAUAGCUUGUGUAUAUUUUGGCAGUCAUUUCCUGCAUCAAUGCAUUUGUGGGUCAAUCGUGGCAGUAUUUGUCAUUGAGUUAAUAAGACGAAAGCAACGUGAUGUCAUUUUCAUGCAAUCAUGGCGUAAGAAAACGGCGAUAGCUGCUGUAACAGCAGUUGGUAUAUUUGUUAUAGGAAUGUAUUUUGCAAUGUUGUAUGCUGGAUUGGAUCCGCAUUGGUCGGUUAGAAUGGCAUUUAAAUGGUGCCCAGAUCCGCAAUAUUUGCGUCAUGAAACAAGUCCAGUUUUUGUAAUGUGUCGUGAUAUAGGAUUUAUGAUGGGCAUUGCUUUGUCAAGUCCAUUUGGAAACAGACUUAAGCAAAGACUCGAACCAAAGAAAAGUAUUCCAGCAGUGGUUGCCAUUAUUGCAAUUGGAUUCUAUUUACGCAGUCAAACUCCGAAAAACUAUGGAAGAUUUGUUUUUGUCGGUUAUGAAUUUGUUAGAAGUGCAAUGCAUUCGUUUGCUUUGUUAACAAUUUUACCAAAAUUAUGUAAGAAAACAAAAAAAGUAAGUUAGUAAUUUAUUAACUGUAAACUUUAUGAUUUAAUGCACAUUUAAUAAAGAAUCAAUUGCUUGUGAUAUA